AAUAUAUCCAUAUACUGGUUUAGCCUGCUUCUUUAUUUUAUUUGCCUUCAGACAGCAAAUGCCCUUUUCUCACAGUUCCUGUAAGUUGCCUAACGUUGUGUGCUACAGUUUCGUUUCAAUGUACACAGUCAUUCUAACUGAAAUACAAGACACUCUUUAACACCUGGAUUUAACCUGUUGGCUAGAAUAUCAUUAUCAGCCGCAUCCACAUCGAAAAAAAAAACCUGGAAUCAGCUUAUUUAUAAUUUAUUAGCUAAAUGUGACACUUGGGAAAAUUGUUCACUAACCACAACACAAAACCUGGUGAAACUAUUUCGCAACCAGUCUUAACACGCCUCAGUUCCGGGUUUCCGCAGGUUGGGAUAGUGACUAUGGAAGUAUGACAGACGCGUUGGAGUUGAAGCCCAUUCAAGUUGUCUGUGACAACAAUAACGCCUCGAGUGACCAAACGAUUGAGGUGAUUCCAGGGAAUGGCACUUGCUCAGACCACCUAAGAUCAGAGAGAAAUGAAGUGUCCCCUCUUCUAUCAACACCACAGGUCACUGAGAAUAAUAGUGAACAGCAUGUGGAUGGAGGCGUCGAUGCUGACUCUCUAACUCGACCCAAGUGGUCAAGGGAGCUGCGGAGGGUCAAGAGAGAACUAAAUGAGGUGGUGGUGUGGAAAUUCAAAUUAUGGACAGUGCUACUCUUCAUCUUUAUUACCAUUGCUCUGGUUAUUGGGAUCUCAAUUAUUGUGUGUGCAGUUGUUCAUGAUGAUGAGGAUGAAAAAUAUGACAAAUCCUCAUUUGUGGUGGGACGCUUCUUCAGAGGAAAUUUCACUCUGGAUGCUAACAGCUUCAUUUCAAACUCUCCGGAUGAAGAGACUAUGAGAGAGCUGGAAAAGCAGCUGAUAGAAGUCUACAGUUCUUCUCCUGCAUUGGAGAGGUACUUUUACAGUGUCACCAUAAACAAUCUCCAGGACACUGCAGCCCAGUUUAAGCUCCAGUUCAUGAUGCCUUUAGAACAUGAGGAGCUGAUACGCUACACUCUGAGUCUAAAGAUGGUUAAAAAUGUGCUGCUCCAACACUUGUAUGAUCGAGACACUGGAGCCCCUUUCUAUAUCAAACCAACAUCACUCCACAUGGAAGUUGGGUAGACAUGCCAAACUUUAACUACAAGAUGGAUGUUGAACCUCUGGUAUCUUCAUCAGAAAACAGAACAUUCCAUGCAUCACUUUAUUUCAUUUGAUUGCCUUCUGGACUCUUUAAAAGAUCUCUUAAUAAUAUUAAUUAUCCACCAUUAAAAAUUAUCUCAGUUUUAUGGGUUCAUUUCUAAGAUAUCAUUGCGGUAAGUUAGUGUUCAUUAAAGUAUGUUUUAUAUAGAGGGUUCCCAUGGGUCCCUGAAAUCCUUGAAAGUUUGUGAAUCUGAAACAUUUUUGUUGCGGCCUGGAAAGUUUUAGAAAAUAAAUAUACUUUGAUGCAGGUACUUGAAAGUGCUUGGAUUUCUUUUGUGCAAGAAGUUUUCUGGAAAAAAUUCCAUAUUAGUCCCUCUGGUCUGCUAAUGUGUUAUUUUGCCAAUAAUUUGUGGCCUAUGCAUAGAAGCUUGCUUGAUUUACAUUAGUUACGCGCAUUUAUGCUUUACGUUAAGUGUUUCACGUGUGAGGUACUUUGUGUUGUAGACAGUACGUUGCCAUUACGUUAGAGUGACCAUAUUUCCUCUUUUUCCUGGACAUGUCCUCUUUUUGGACCUAAACAAAUUCAUCUGAACUGCCCAAAAUGUGGGGAAUUCGGCUUUUACUUUCUACAGGCGUCAGUGCAUUUUUGUAUUAGAGCGCUACGAUGGACUGUUUUCUUAAUCCUGCUCCCACUGGAUUUCCCACUCCCGUGAUUCUAAUAUUGCAUAAUUUUUGCGAAUCAGGGAGCCGCCUUCAAUAAGCAGAGCAUUUAAAUCUCUUUUAAUCAGUCAUCCCUUUCUCCUCAAUCCGUGAUCAGUCAAAUUUGACUCCUGCAGCUCCUAUUGCUACUUUUAAACUGUUAAUGGUUUGAUUUUCCCCGUUGGUUAAAGGUUUUAAAUGUUGCUUAAUUACAUUUGACUAAGAUUCUACCUAUGAUAAAACUGUUCUAGAUAUUACAUUUUGUGAAGGAGGGCGACUGGUACAGUAGGAAUCUUUUUAGCUGUUUUUAUGAUCAAUAUGCAUAACCGUGACUGUAAAAUAUGUAUUUUAGGUAUGGAAAUGACAUUUUCAUGAUAUUUGAUAUUUGGGAUAUGGUCAUUGCACUACUUUAACCACCGACCAACCACAUCCCAGCCCCCUGCCCCAACCACUGUCCUCUUUUUGGAAAACUAAAAUAUGGUCACCCUACCGUUCAUGCACUAAACCACUAGGAUGGUAGGCCUACCUCUGUGUUUCACAGACACACCUGGAAAUUAAUGUUGAAUUGCUUUGCUUAAGAUAAUGUAAACCUAUGAGGCAAGAAAAACUUCUGGUUACAUGAGCCUAAGCUCUUUUCAAUAAAAUCAUGCAAAUUCAUGCAAAAGUUAAUAUCAGAUCAUUUUAGAAUACAGUAUAGGAUGUACCGAAUAUUCUUCAGUUUUAUGCAAAACAGAAAUAAUUAAAACAUUUUUUUUUUUUUUUGCAUAGUUAUGUUUGACACAUGAAAACUGUAACAAUGCAUCUUACAAGAUAUCAGGAUAUAACCUUGCUCUCACUUGAAAUGUGUGCCCAUAUGAAGUCCUUGAAUUUAUCAUUUAAAAAAACUUAUAUCAAUACACUUAACAGUAUAGUAAAACAAGAUUUUUGCAUUUGAUUAUUAUCAUUAUUGAGGAAUAUUGAGGUUUAGAUUUGUCAUGUAUAUAUAUACAUACAGUAUAAUACACUUUACUAUAGUAUGGUUCAGAAACACUAUAGUAUUUACUAUAAAUUACUAUAGUAUUUUUUUCAUACAUGUAGGUUAUAUCCAACACAAAACACUUAUGACAAUAUUUGUUUUAUAGUACCAUACUAUGCUAAAACGACAUGUGUUUGGUUGACACCCAUAGUAUUGAAUAAGCCACCAUCUUUUAAUAUUGUUGUAAAGAAAUCUAAAUAAUCCCAUAUUAUUAUCAGAUGAUUUUUUCCUCUAAUGUUCAUUCUGCAUGUUUUCGUUUGUUGUGUCCUGUAGGGGGCGGUACUGUUCUUUCACUGCUCUUAGUUUUAUGACUAGUUACUCAUCCAAACCUCUGGUACAUUUAGGCUACAUGAUUGGAGACAUUUAAUUUUCUGUAUUCCGCAUUCAUUUUUGUGGCGUUGAAAAACCAUCUUCUGAAUAGUCUGAAUAGUUUCCUGAUAAUCAUAAUGAUUGAGUGUGUAUAAAUUAUGUAAAUUAAAAGUCUUAAGUAAAAUAUUGUAAAGUUUUGUCAUGGA